GGGGGUGACGUCACGUGGGGGCGGGAGGGAUGACGUCAAUGGGGUGGGUGACGUCACUCCCUCCAAUUUCCCCCCCUCCAGGGGCGGGCAGCGGGCUCGGCGCGGCGGUGAGCCUGCGGCUGGGCCGGGGCGGGGCGCGCGUGGCGCUCUGCGACCUUGACGUCGACGCGGCGGCGCGCACGCUGGCGCGUCUGCGCGCGGAGGACGCGCGCGGGGGCGCGCACGCCGCCUUCCAGGCCGACGUCGCCGACGCCGACGCCGUGGAGGGGCUGCUCCAGCAAGUGCAGGCGGUCCUGGGUUCGGCGCCGCGGGUUCUGGUGUCGUGCGCGGGAGUGACGCGGGACGACUUCCUGCUGCGCCUGUCCGAGCGCGACUGGGACGCCGUCCUGGACGUCAACCUCAAGGGCACCUUCCUGGUGAUGCAGGCCGCGGCCCGGGCCCUGGUUGCCGACGGCGACGGUGGCGGCUCUUUCAUCACCGUGGGCAGCAUCGUGGGCAAGGUGGGGAACCUGGGGCAGGCCAACUACGCGGCGUCCAAGGCCGGAGUGGAGGGGCUCACGCGCGCCGCGGCCCGCGAGCUCGCAAGGCACGGGAUCCGCUGCAACGCCGUCCUCCCCGGCUUCAUCGCGACGCCCAUGACCCAGAAGGUGCCGCAGAAAGUGCUGGACAAGGUAGCAGCCUUGAUCCCGAUGGGACACCUGGGAGCCCCCGAAGACGUGGCGGACGUGGUGGCCUUCCUGGCUUCGGAGGACAGCAGCUACAUCACGGGGGCCUCCCUGGAGGUCACAGGAGGUCUCUUCAUGUAGCCGGGCGGCCCAGCGGAGGCGGCGACGGAGCGGCGUGGAGUAGGGGAUGGGGGGUGAUGGGGGGGACCCCUCCCCGUACCCCAAUA